UUCCUUUCUUGUUGUUUCUCCUUGACUGAGCUGUUUUCCUUUGUGCUUUCACUCUGGACUGAAAUCUCAACAGGAUCUAUCACAGAGCCUAAAGAUUCCUUACAUCCAACCUAUAGUUCAUGGAAGAAUUGCAAUAACAUGGUUUUUAUGUGGCUAAAGGUACAAAUUAGAAUUAUGGUUCUCAAGCUAGCUGCAGCCAACAAUGUUUCCACAGCUAUUGAGGGCAGGAUAAAUGAAACAGUGGAAUAUGAGAUGGAUCUUGUAGAUUCUGCAUUGAAAUCUCUCAGGUCACUUUCAAAUGAAAGAUGGGAAAGGCAACAUGAUAGGCUGUCCAAGGUAGUGAGUGCUUUUGGCUACCAAAAAAAGGUUCCUGAUCACAUUCAUCAAGAGAAUGUCGCGAAGCUAGCCUCCCUCAUGCAGGAGAUUUUGUCUCUUAAAGAAGCAAGCCUGCAUAUUGAAGCUCAAGCCAACAAACACGAUUAACUGUAUUAUUUGCUGGUAUUCUUGGUCUCUGCAACCUCAGAGUGCAUCUCUUUUUGGUCAAAAUAGGGAAAUUCAGUCAAUUAAAAGAAGAA